AUGGCGAGACCCCAAGAUACUGCUUUGGCCCGAUUCUAUGGCCUCCCUAAGGUGCACAAAGACGGCGCUCCUCUCCGACCCAUCGUGUCGCUCAAAGGUACUCCAACGUACGGACUGGCUAAGUGGCUGUUCCGGCGUCUCAAGUUCCUGACCGCUGAGUCAGACACCACGGUCUCUUCGUCAGCAGAAUUCCUGGAGAAACUCAAAGGGGUAAGCCUCCAUCCAAAUGAGGUCAUGGUAUCUUUUGAUGUUACACCCCUUUUUACUUCUAUUCCCCAGGACCUGGCGAUCGAGACAAUUGAGCUGCUACUACAAAGCAAAUAUGAUGAAACGGAGAACCGUCUUGGACACGCCCAAAUCCUUCAGCUCUGUCUCAGGACGUAUUUCACGUUCAACAGGACAAUCUACGAACAGGUGAAGGGCACACCAAUGGGUUCGCCGAUUUCGGGAUUCGUCGCCGAGGCGGUCCUGCAACGGUUAGAAUCGCUGGUCUUCCAACACCACAGACCGAAGUUCUGGGUCCUGUAUGUGGAUGAUACCUUCGUCGUCAUCGAACGGGACCAGGUGCUGACAUCCAAAGAACAUCUCAAAGCCGUCUUCCCGGACAUUCAAUUUACGAUGGGGGAGGGAGAGAAAAACCAGCUGGCCUUCCUGGAUGUCCUCGUAUGGCGCAAGGAUUGUGGUGGACUAAAGACCAAAGUGUUCGGGAAAGCGACAAAUACGAUGCAAGUACUGAGCUUCAGCAGCAAUCACCCAAUCAGCCUUAAACGCAGUUAUGCAAGGACACUCUAUUGGCGUGUUAAAACGCACUGUAAUGAGCUGGAAGACGAGAUUUCCGAACUACAGUACCUCCGACGGGUAUUCAAAGCCAAUGGCUACCCGCGCAACUUCGUCAACAAGUGCAUACGCAAAAUGAACAAAAGGCUUAACCGUACGGACACCAAAUUUUGGCGAGUGCUUCCAUAUGUCAAGAAUGUUCCGGAAGAUGUUGGCCGCCCUCUCGCACCACUUGGGGUUGGAGUGGCACACACACCGGAUGCAACCAUCAGGCGUCAGUUAAUGAAACCGAAAGACCCACUGCCACGGCGAAAAACGUCUGGAUUCGUUUAUCGGAUCUGGUGCAGUUGCGGACAACGCAAAUACGUCGGAGAAACCGGAAGACAGCUCCGAACGAGAAUGGCUGAAUACGCGGCAGCGGUGCGGAGAAAUGACGCCAGCUCUCGAGUUGCGGAUUAUUCGACAAGAUCCGGCCACACAUUUAAAUUCGACGAUGCCGAGAUUCUCGCAAGAGGUGACAACUAUGUCGGCCGGUAG